AUGUCUGUAUCUAUCUAUCUAUCUAUCUAUCUAUCUAUCUAUCUAUCUAUCUAUCUAUCUAUCUAUCUAUCUAUCUGUAUGUUCAUUAUCUAUCUAUCUAUCUAUCUAUCUAUUUGUAUGUUCAUUAUCUAUCUAUCUAUCUAUCUAUCUAUGUCAAUUAUCUAUUUUCAUUAUCCUAUCUAUCUAUCUAUCUAUCUAUCUAUCUAUCUAUCUAUCUAUCUAUCUAUCUAUGUCAAUUAUCUAUUUUCAUUAUCCUAUCUAUCUAUCUAUCUAUCUAUCUAUCUAUCUAUCUAUGUCAAUUAUCUAUCUAUGUUCAUUAUCCUAUCUAUCUAUCUAUCUAUCUAUCUAUCUAUCUAUCUAUCUAUCUAUCUAUCUAUCUAUCUAUCUAUCUAUCAAAAUAUGUGCCUAUUAUUUUCUUACUCGCUCUCUCUCUCUCUUUUGUUAUCUUUUUGUCAUGAAAUUGCUCUUUCUCAUUUUAGUGAUUGCAUUUUAUUAAUAUCAAGUUUUGCUUUGUUUUCAUUUAUUCAUUUUUUUAAUUCUUUCUUUCUUUUUUCUUUCCUCAAAUCACCCUUUCUUCGUUUUAGUCAUUUCCGCUUUUCAUUAAUUAACUUUCUUUUCUUGCUUUUCUUUCUUUCUUUCUUUCUUCAAAUUGUCAGUUCUUGUUUUAGUAAUUUCCUCUUUUCAUUAACUUUCUUCUUUUCUUUCUUUCUUUUUUCUUUCUUUCUUUCUCUCUUUCUUUCUUUCUUUCUUUCUUUCUUUCUUUCAUGA